AUGGCGGCAGUCGGAUGGUGGGUGCGUGGUGGCAGUGGUCAUGGUCAGGGUCAUCAGGUGGGUAGCCAUGGCGGUGGAAGGUGGGUAGCGACAGCUAGUGGUGGUCGUGGUGGUGGGUACAUGGUGACAGGUGGCGGUGGUCGUGGUGCUAGAAGAUUGGCCAUGUCGAUGGCAGUAGCUGGUGGUGGUCGUGGUCGCAACAGGGUGGUGGGUGCAUGGCAACAGGUGGUGGUGGCCACAGUGGUGAAAGAUUGGUUAUGUUGGUGGUGGUCAUGGUCGAAGCAGGGUGGUGGGUGUGUAGCGGCAGGUGGCGAUGGUCGUGGUGGUGGAAGGUUGGUCAUUUGGGUGACGAUAGUUGGUGGUGGCCAAAGGUUGGUCAUGUGGGUGGUGGCAAGAGCAGUUAGUGGUGGUCGGGUGGGUGGUGGCAGUUUGCAGUGGCUAUGGUGGUGGUCAUGUGGGUGGCGACAACAGUUGGUGGUGGUCAAGGUGUGGCAGCGGGGUGGUCGGGUCGUCGGGUGGGUGGGGCUAGCGAUAGUUUACGGUGGCCAUGGUGGUGGAAGGUUGGUAGGGUGGUCGAGGUCUCAGGCACCCACCCGAACACCCUGUUGCCACCACCCACAUGACUACCACCACGGCCACGGCCACUCGUAUGACCAACCUUCCAUCGCCACCGCCCCCGCCCCCACCCUGGCCCCUCCCACCUAA